CCAACAAAACAUGUCAUCGUUAACAUGAUUACAAACAAAGUUAUAACUACAAUCGUUGUUCUAGUCACUAUAAACGGUUAUGCACUCCAGUCGGUACCACAUCAUCUAGAUAUCACCCUACCAGAAGACGGAUGGCUCAAUUUCACGGGACUCGCGCAGAAAUACGGUCUAAAUUGCGCAGUUUACGAUGUGACUACAGAAGAUGGGUAUAUCCUCAAACUUUUUCACAUUCCAGGGAACAAAGAUCCAGUUUUGAUCAUGCAUGGCAUUUUGGACACAGCCGACACUUUUAUUUUGCGAGGAAACUCUUCCCUUGUGGCGGCUUUGCAUGAACAAGGCUACGACGUCUGGGUUGGCAACUCACGAGGUAGCAGAUACUCUAGAAGACACCAAGAAUUAAAUCCGGAUACUGAUAGAGCUUUUUGGAAUUUCAGUUUCCACGAAAUGGGAUACUACGACCUUCCAGCUGUGAUUGACUUUAUUCUGGAGAAAACUGGAGCAAGUAUGUUGAGUGCUAUAGGACAUUCCCAGGGGAAUCAAAUUUUCUACGUGCUGGGUGCGUCCAGACCUGAAUACAAUGAGAAGAUUAAUAUCAUAAUCGCUUUAGCCCCGAUAUGCUUUCUUCAUAACGUAAUUCCUCCUGUAAGUGGACUAGUAGCAAUGGGGCCAAUGCUAGAUAUAAUGUUGCAAAUGAUCGAUAAAGAAGAAAUACUUGGAGAUAAUGAUAUUUCUAGAGAGUUAAUUGACCUCAUGUGUUUAAAAUCUUUAUUUGGAUACAAACUUUGUGUAGAAGGUGUGAUUUUCCCAUUUGCUGGUACUGAUUAUACGGAAUUCGAGCCAGAAUUUUCUCGAAUAGUGCUCGCCCAUUAUCCUUCGGGAACAUCAAGGAUAAAUGCGGUUCACCUCAUGCAGGUAGCUCAGAAACGGGAAUUCGUUUAUUUCGAUCACGGAGUGUCUGGAAACAUGGCUCUUUAUAACUCUUCUGUUCCGCCUAAAUAUGAUUUGGGUAGAGUGACGAUGAAAGUGGCUCUGAUAGCGGCGAAAAAUGAUAAAAUUUCUGCCCUGAGAGACGUGAGAAUUUUGAAGAGGAAGCUGCCAAAUCUGGCGUAUUACAAAGUGUUGGACUAUCCCCUUUUCAAUCACUUGGACUAUAAUUGGGGAAAAAAUAUGAAGAAAUAUUUAUUCCCGUACGUUUUUAAAGUGUUGCGUACGUUUGGAAAUCGAUAAAUUAUUUCGUUUAUAACUUGUAAUAUUAUAUUUAUUAAUGACUG